UUCCUUACAGUACUCUCUGAACCCUUUAAUUUUUCGGUCUUUCUUGCCGUUAGUCUCUACCAACACCCGGCACUUGUUAUGGCUGAGUUUGUAGUAUUUUUCUUUCAGUAGGCUUUAAUCAUACAGCUAUUCUGAUGGACCUGGACUUAGUACGGUGUGUUGUGUCAGUACAAAGGGCAAGGUUUCUUGGUUGGCUAACGUUACUAAACGUAAGGCUAGCUAACUUCGCUAGCAUGUGCUAACAUAAGCUGGUCAAGUAAAGUAGCGUGAACUGUUCCGUAUGCAGUUUAUCUUUCCAUGGGCUGUGUUUGAUAAAGUGGCUUUGUUAUAGUAGUCUAAGUGCUGUUCGAUAAAGCUAAACCGUGCGCUAACCUAUCUAGUUUGUCGGCUAAACGCUAACUGUAAGCCCUGCUACUUCUGGUUGAGUUUCGCUUGAUUUGCUUCAGACAGCUAGCAAUCAUCAUCUUCUGACAAAAUGAUGGACUUCGAUAACAUAUUGGACAUCGCCUCGCAAAACCAGGGCCUCAGCAAUGUACAGAAAAGAUACAGUUUACAAGCUGGACCACCCAAAAAGGACCCCAGGUCGAAAGGCGUAAAUCCUGCUGCUGUGCAGGCGCUUCUGAAGAAGCAACACUGUGAGACCAAAAAGAAAGAGAUGCAAAUGAAAAAAAAGAAGGAGGAACUUAACGCCAAGAGGGUUGAGUUGAAGUCUGAUCGUAAAGCACGAGCCAUGGCUUCCAGGACUAAGGACAAUUUCAAAGGUUACAAUGGCGUCCCACUGGUAGAGGCUCCUAAGAAGAGGAGAUCAACUCAAGAUCAGGAUGAUAUACAAGGAUUUAGUAAUAACUCAAAUGACCCAGAGGAUGAUGAAGAUAACUAUGAGUAUGAACAGACUGAUUCAGAGACAGAGCAGGAGCCAGAGCCGCUGAGACCAGUGAAAACCUCAGGUGUGAGUGGAAGUAGUAGUAGUAGCAGCAAGUCCUCCUCUAAAAAAUCCAGUGGGCCACCCAAGCCUGCCCCACCUCCCAUGAACUUUGCAGAUUUACUUAAAUUGGCAGAGAAGAAGCAGUUUGAGCCAGUUGAUCUAAAACCCAAGCAAGUAAGAAAGGAAGAAAGGCUCCGCACAGCUGACGAGAUAAAAGAACUAGAGAUGGAGCGCAAGGCUAAGAGACAGGACAAAAACAGAGACUCAAAGGCAGAGAGAGAAAAAGAAGGCAAGUCUCAAUCUAACACUAGUUCCAUAAGAAAAAGCACUUUAGAGAAGGAGCAGAAAAACUGCAAGCCACAAAAGAACUCCUCAGAAAAACAAAGUCUGGCUAGUGGGUCAGGGAAGAAGUCGCAUAGCGAUAGAGGCCACCCUUCUUCCAAGCCCUCUGUUAGUGACAGAGAAAGAGAGAGACCCAAGAUGUCUCAAAGUGAUAGAGACAGAUCCAAAAGUGGUUUGUCUACUUCAUCUGGUGCCAUAAGCAGUAAAGUUGCUUCGAAAGCCACAUCUCAGGUUUCAGCCAAACAGGGGGCCAAGCCCUCAUCUAGCCACAAAUCCAGCACCUCAAGUGACCUUAGUUACAAAAAAGAAAGCUCGUCAUCACUUCAAGGAAGAGCUUCAGGUAUUCCUGGGACCAGGCCUCCUAGUACAGCUGUAACAGGCCAAAAAUCUCAACAUGGGAACUCCCAACAGACCAAGCCCAGUCAGGGUACCUCUUUGAAACAGGGCCCUACAGUUGGAGGUCACAAGUCUGGAAAAGGAGAACCACUAAGGCCUGGAAGUAACUCUGCAGUAAAGUCAAGUGGUAAUUUAAUGAUGAGAAAUUCAUUAGGCGGCCCUCCUAAGGCAGGGAGCCAACCUCUGCAAAGGCCGGGAAGCACACUCCAGGGAAAAGCUGCUGGUGUCGCACAGGCCAGGCCUGGUGGGAGUGGUCUACAGGGUCAUCCUGGAAGUAGUGCAUCCCGACCUCCGGGGAUGGGACCUGGUCGGCCUGGUAGUGGGGGUCCAGUACCUGGACGAUCGACUGGCGGCAUUGGAUCAGGACCUGGAAGACCCAAAUGCACUGUGGUGUCAGAAACUAUCUCAUCCAAGAAUGUUGGUGGACCCAGACCUGGAGUCCCUCCUCGUCCAGGCAUGCCGCAGAGACCGGGCAUGCCGCAGAGACCGGGCAUGCCACCCAGACCAGGCAUGCCGCAGAGACCGGGCAUGCCACCCAGACCGGGCAUGCCGCAGAGACCGGGAAUGCCACCCAGACCGGGAAUGCCACCCAGACCUCUGAUGAACAGACCACCAGGUACAAUGUUACCCCCAAUCACUUCUGCCUACAAGAGGAAAUAUGAAGAUGAGGAAGAUGACUAUGACUCGGAAAUGGACGAUUUUAUUGAUGACGAAGGUGAUGAGCCAGAGGAAAUUUCCAGGCACAUUAAGGAAAUCUUUGGCUAUGAUCGAAACAGAUACAGGGAUGAGAGUGACUAUGCACUUAAAUUCAUGGAGAGCAGCUGGAGAGAUAUGCAGAAAGAAGAGGCCAGGAGCUUGAGAAUGGCUGUACAAGAAGACCUGGAGGAGGAGAGAAGAGAGGAAGAGGAGGUGAAAAAGAAUUGCAAGAGGAGAAAAAAUAACUGAAACCCCUGAAUGAAUGUAUUAAUGAAUGAAUGAAUAAAUGAAAGAACAGCCCUCCCUCCGUGUCUCCAGAAAUAUGGAGCAAUAGUUCUGCCAUUUCAACACACAAAGCCCAGUGACUGUACACCCUGGCAUGGUUGCUUUUUUUCCAAUUUUCUCGCUGUUCAGAAAAAAAACUGAGUGGAUUGACACGUGACAUUGACUCGAGGGAAAGGGAGGAAGAAUUGUAGUCAGAGACAAGGUCAAACAUAAAAUAUGCACAAAUCAUUCAGGCAUUAGGACGAUACAAUGUCAUGAAAAGUUCUUACAUUUCCCUGUUAUUUAUUUCCCCCACUGAGUGCAGGGUUUACACUGACAGCAGUCUUAAGUUCGAACAGGAACUGACCUGCAAAACAAAAUAUAAAUCUCGAAGUGUGAUUUUCUUUUUUUUUUUUUUUU